UCGAGCGUGCGGUCAGUGCUGCGAGGAAGAAGGAAGGGGAGGAACGGCCGCCGGGCUGCGGCGAGGAAAGCGAGAGGGCAUGGCGUCGGCGAUCCGCUCCGCCGGUGCGCUCCGCCGUCGACUUCCGUUGCUCCUCCGCUCCAGCACGGGGUUUCCUGCGCGCGCGCUUGAGGAGGAGCGGCGCUGCCUGGCCCGGCCCCUCACCGGAAACCCUCCUCGCCUCUUCAGCUCCGAUUCCGGCGGCCGCGGGUCGUCCUACAAGCAUCCCUGCAAGUUCAACCUGGGGUGCAAAAAGCAUAUGGAGGGCCAGCUUGCAUACCUUAGGAUGGCAGCGGAGAAAGAUGCUCGUGACUGGAGAGAGAUGAGGGAAAUACUUGAAGCAUCGGCGCAAAGACAAGCAGAGCACGAUGAAGAGUGCAAGCGACAGGACAAGGUCGUAAACUGUGCUGCCGCCGUUCUGUUCCUCGCGUUGUUUGCAGGCCACAUGUUCUUUCGCUGAAUCAAGAAAUAGGUUGUGAUCGCCCUUGAUUGCCUUCUCCCUGCACUCUGUGCUUUAUGCAUUUAAACUAUGUGUCUCAACAGUAGGCAAGGCACUUCUAUAUGGUUAAACUUUUGGAUCCUCUCCUCAGUGCCGCGUGAAGUAUUUUCUUAGCACAGCUCACAUCAGGAUUUCACCCACUCAUGCAUGAGAAUGCAGAUUCUUAUGGGUAUGAAGUAUGACUAUUUCAGUAUUGCUAUGUCGUAACACCGAUGAUUACAAUGCCGGGGCAUUUUCGCGCUCCAUCUCUUUU